AUGGUCUUGCAGACUGCUCAACCCCACCUGGGGUCCUGUGGGUCUCCCACCCACGGCAGCCUCUUGCUUCUUCUCAGCUUCAGGUGGGUGCUACCUUCCAGGGCCCAGGCUGCAGACACGGAACUGGGUGUCAUGACCCCAUGGCUGCAACGGGACCUGUCCUGGCAGCGGCCUGAGGUGACCGUCAUCCUUCCGAGGGCCCAGCGGGGCACAGAGAAGAAGGCCUGCCCCCCGGGGCGGAAGGCCCAAGUGGUGGACGAAAACCUUGUCUUCUACGAGGAGUGGGAGCUGGAGGCUUGUGUGGACGGAGCCCUGCUGGCCGCUCAGAUGGACCAGGUGAACCUGGUGCCCUUCACCUACCAGCAGCUGCACAUUUUCAAGUGCAAAUUGGAUGAGGUCUACCCACAGGGGUACCCUGAGUCCCUGAUCCAGCACCUGAGGUACUUCUUCCUUUGGGUGAACCCCGAGGACAUCCACAAGUGGAAUGUGACUUCCCUGGAGACCGUGAAAUCUCUGCUCAAAGUCAGCAAAGGGCAUGGGAUGGAUGCUCAGGUGGCCGCCCUCAUUGCCCGCUACGUAGGGGGAGGGGGCCAGCUGGACAAGGCCACACUGGACACCCUGGCCACCUUCCCCGCUACCUACCUGUGCCUCCUCAGCCCUGAGCAGCUGGGCUUCAUGCAGCUCAACGUUGUUUGGGCGACCAGGCCCCAGGACCUGGACACAUGCAGCCCACGGCAGAUGGCUGUCCUCUACCCCCAGGCCCGCAUCACCUUCCAGAACAUGAGCGGGUCUGAAUACUUCACAAGGAUCAAGCCCUACCUGGGUGGGGCCCCCACGGAGGACCUGCGGGCUCUCAGUCAGCAGAACAUAAACAUGGACGUGGCCACAUUCAAGAAGCUGCGGAGAGAGGCUGUGCUGCCGCUGACCAUUGCUGAGGUGCAGAAACUUCUGGGUGCAAACCUGGUGGGCCUGAAGGCUGAGGAGGGGAACAGCCCGCUGCGGGACUGGAUCUCCCGGCAGUCGCAGGAGGACCUGGACAGUCUGGGGUUGGGGCUCCACGGCGGCACCCCCAACGGCUACCUGGUCCUGGACUUCAACGUCCGAAAGGCCUCCUCGGGAGGCCCUCACCUCCUCAGACUAGGACCUGGACCUGUGCUCACUGUGACCCCAAGUCUGCUCCUGGCCUUGAUCCUGAACUGA